AGCAAUGAAAAAAAUAGGUGUGAAUCACCUGAAGACAAAAGUAAGGUAAUUCCCCAUUUGUCCGUAGAUUACUCUGUGCUGCAACCAAAGUAUGUAAAGAUGUUUAUUCUUCAAUUUUCAACAUUUAGGCUUGUUCGUGCAUUCGAGCAACGAUUCAUCUCUAUUCAAGGCAGACCUGUUUUUACAGCCAACCGGUCUCCACUGUUUUCUCUCCUUAGAAAAUAAAUGCAUUUGUCACAACCACCGACUGUGGUCACACAAUCUCAUCUUAACCCAGAGAAACGUCUGUAAAAAAAAAAAUAAGAUGAACAUUAUUUUAAAAAAUAGCUUAUACUGUUUUGCAUUGUGCUGUGUGUGUUGAAAGAGAAAGAAGGGUGGGAACGUGACACAACAUGAUUGGCACAACUUUACUGAGCUAUGAUUGGUUAACGCUUUAGUGAAUAGUUUGCGUGCAGUAAGUACUCUGUGUGACUGCAUUGUUUAUUAGUUUGUCAUUAAAUGCUCCUAAAUUCUACAUACUGCACCAUAACAAAUUUACAGGGAUGGCAACUAACACCAAGAGCCAGGAAUCAGAAAAUACAACAGAAUCCGAUGGCUGUAAUCAAAGUAUGGAUCCUAAUCUGGAGUAUACUAUGAAGCACGCGAGGCGAGGAAUGGCUCUCAUCUUUAACCAGAAAAAUUUUGACUGCGAACUGAAAGUCCGCAAAGGCACAGAUGCAGACAGAGACAACCUUGUUAGCAGAUUUAAAGAGCUGGAUUUUGAAGUGAAGGCUUAUAAUGAUUAUAGUCAGGAUGACGUUUUGUUUGAAAUUAAAAAACCUGCUGCUGCUAACCAUAAAGACGCAGACUGUUUUGUCUGCAUCUUUUUAAGUCAUGGGGGAAAUGGCCAUGUUUAUGCCAAAGAUGGGCAGAUCGAUAUACCUGAAAUCACUGAUUUGUUCAAGGGGGAUAAAUGUCGUAGUCUUGUGGGUAAACCCAAGAUCUUCAUCUGGCAGGCUUGCCGUGGUGACAAAAAGGAUGAUCCUGUGACUCCAAUGAGUGUGGAGGACUGUGAUGAUGAAAUGGAUGUAGAUGCAGGAGUGCUUCCCACCCUUCCAGCUGGAGCAGAUUUCAUUAUGUGCUACUCAACAGCUGAAGGUCAGUGUUUUUAUCUUUGCUUUGUUGUACGGAAAUUUUCUAGUUAUUUUUCAUCCAAGUUGUUUAAAAGUUGUUGCUUUAAACAACUUGAAUGCAAUGUACCUCCAUUACUUUACUAUAAUGUCAGACUUUUAAAAAUUAAUUUCAUUGUUUUGUUUUCUUUCAAAGGAUUUAGCUCUUUCCGUAAUUCCAGUAAUGGCUCAUGGUACAUUCAGGAUCUGUGUAAAAUCUUGGGGCGUUAUCAUUCAGAACUGGAGUUCACCAACAUACUGACGCUUGUUAACAUGGAAGUUUCAUCCCACUCUGUACUGAAAAGCGAAGAUCUUUCUUUUACUGGCAAAAAGCAGAUGCCUUGCUUUGCAUCCAUGCUCACCAAGAGGCUGUUUUUCAGGCCCAAGAAGUAAUUUUAGUGUUUUACUCUAUGACAAUUUCAAAUUCACGGAUUAUAUCAUUUUCUUUUGGUGGGUUUGAUUUUGCCAAGUAAGAAAUUAUCCUGGAACAUCAUUUCUGUAUGAAAAUCUAAUCCAUACCUAAUCCCUAUACCCUUAAACCUAACUUUAAAUAAUUCCCCAAAUCUGAGAGGAUUAAUAUUGGAUAACAAUGAUGUAGAUGAACAUAACCAUAACUGUAAACUAAGCUUGACAUAAACUGUAAAUUUAUCCCUUAAGUCUGAUUGGCCGAUUGUAAUGUUGUUACAGGAGCAAAUCUGAGUUUGUUUCAUUUUUCUCUUAUUACUGAUUGGACCUGUCCUUUGAUUUUGUGUUUUAUCCAACGCAUCACAAUGACACUUGUUGUCUGAAGACUGAAAGUAUUUUGAUAUGACUUCAGACACUAUCUGACAAAGAACAAAAUCACUGUUUAAGUAAGCAAAUACUAAACAAAACAAUCUGAUUGAAUGGAUCUACAAUGUAGUGUUUAAUGCAAUACUGGCAUGUUUUAAAUGUGGCUGUUUUUAAUCCCUUCUGAUGCAGUGUAUCACUUUAUUUAGUUAAAAAAUGAGGAAAUAUGAAUCUCAUGGUCAUAUUUUGGGAUGCCAAAAUUAAUCAAGCUCAAAUUGAAAAAAAUAAAUGAUGUGUGAUUGCAUGUCUCUUGAUCUGUUGUUAUAUCUUGAUGUUCUUUUUUUCCAGUUUUGUCACACUUUGCACUUGUUU